AUGGAGGCCCAGAAGAAGAGGGGACAGUUCCGAUUUGUGCCGCCCGUGGAGACCUUCGUGCCACUCGCCGACCCUGCCCCGAAGCGACCCGAUGCCUUCGUCGUUGAGGGCAAGCGCCUCGAUGGCCGCUCCCCGGAUGAAUUCCGUCCCGUCUUCCUCAAAACGGGAGUGAUUAGCCAAGCUGCCGGCUCGGCCUACAUCGAGAUGAACCAAACCAAAGUGAUUUGUGGCGUGUACGGACCGCGACAAACGCCAAAGACGGUGUACAGCGAGAAGGGCAAGCUCAACUGCUUCUUCAAGCUCGCCACCUUCGCCGAGAACGGCGAGCGACGCAAAUACGUCUCCGACAAGGAGGAGAAGGAGCUGAGCAUGCUCAUGGUGCAGGCGCUCGAGGUGUCGCUCCGACUGGAGACGUUCCCCAAGUCGGAGCUCGACGUCUUCGUGCUGGUGCUCGAGGAGAGCGGCGGCAUGGUGGGCGCUGCCAUCACCGCCGCGUCGCUGGCCCUGGCCGAUGCCGGCAUCGAGAUGUAUGACCUCGUCGCCAGCUGCUCUGUCGGCGUGGUGGAUUCACACAUCUUGCUCGACCCCUCGAUCGCCGAGGAGAAGGCCGCCCAGUCCAACCUCAUGGUCGCCAUCAUGCCCUCGGCCAACGAGAUCACGCAGAUGCUCCAAACCGGCGAGAUCGAACACACCAAGGCUCCCGAGGCAAUCGAGCUGUGUCUCGACGGGUGCUCCAAGAUCUACCAGAUGAUGCGCCAAAACCUGCUCGAGACCGCCGCGCAGAAGCUCUCGAUGGAGGAGGCCCAGCGAACGGCAGACAAAUAA